CGAGACGCCUCCGGCUUCGCGCCCACAUGCGGCGCGUGUCAUCAACGAGUGGACACAACGCAACCCGACAAACAUUCUUCCAUCUAUCCAGAGAUUUGAGGAGUUUCUCGAGGCUUCCAAAUCCGAGGGGACGGCUCGAGUCCGUUCUGCAGCACCAUCACCUGCUUCGCAGUGGGCAAACCCCCAAGCUCCCUCAAAUGAAAUGGUUCGGCAACGCCAAGACCUCCCUUCACCACGAGACGCCUCGGACCGUUCUAGUUCAGCAAGUCCCAAUCCUUCAGAUGGCGAAGCUGCAAUCCAUCACAGCGAGAUGAACGAAACAGCUGAAGACCACGACUCUGUUGCGCUGCCUGAUGAUGAUGAUCAAGGGAACGACACAAUGUCGGAAAAUACAAGUGAAGUUGAUGCCAAUGAGGCAAUCCCUACACUCCCAACCACACCCAUUCAGACACCACCUCAACAGGCCCCUGAGCCUCGAGCAUGGUCUGUCUUUACUACGGUCAAGAAUGCUGUGUCUAGUCCAUUCAAAUUCCUUGGCGCCUUCACUUCAAAAGCUGGCGGUGCAGCUACUACUAAUGGCCAUGAGACAGAGUUUACAUUCACCCACCCACAUAAGCCCGCUCAGUCAUUUACCACACCUACUCGAUCGAAUAGACAACGUGCCAAGCCUCAAUCAGAGCGUCGAGGCACUGUUACCAAUCAACGACGAGUCAGCAAUUCAGCUCGUGUUCCACAAACGGAGCGCCAGCUACGACAUGUCGACAAAUCAACGCCUUUACACCUUCGCGGUGCUCCUUCCGCAUCUGAUAUGCAGCGCCUGCAUGACCAGCAAGCUUCUACGCGGCAGCGACAACGUGAAGCAGAAACUGCCAGCUCGGACAAGAAUGAACUGAGCCAUGGCAAGACCUUCAGAGCCCCCUCCCCAUUGUCUGACUCCGAUGAUAGCGAAGAGGAUAUUGAUGUCGAUGCCGAUGCCGAUGAUGAUGAUGAUGAUGAUGUUGAAGUCAUCAGUUCAGGCCCCAAGAAGGACUGGGCUUUCUUGCAGCGAAAUAAGACAAAUCUUCAGCCUCCCGGAGAACCGGUUCACAUUACGGGCAUGACUCCCAACAUGUGGAAAGUUGUGGACAAAAUUGCCGAAGAGGCAGGGGUUCACUUCCGGGUCGAUGACGAGAACGAGUCGACUUCAAAUGCGUGUGAUGAGCCAGACGUUUGCAGAACACCCUCGUCCUCGUGGUCGCUACCUCAAAACAAUUCCGUGUUCAGCCUAACACGCCAAGUUAAAUGUAACCCCGACGAUCCCAACGACCCAUACUGGAUGGUCCGUGAUCCAACAAUGCGUACUAUGAAAUUCCGAAUGGUCAAGGCAGGUGAUCCGGAUUUCAGACAUUUGAAUAUGUUCGGGGAAGAGGCUUGGUGGUUUAGAUUACCCCCUGAUUGGAAGAAUCCAGAGACCUUCACUGAGCUUACCCACGGUCACGAGCCUGACACGAGAGGCCGAUACAAGUGGCAGUGGGAUAAUUAUAUGGAAAAUCCAGAGAAUCUGGCGAAGGAGAAAGCACUGCUACUUAGGAGGUGGGACAAGAUUCCCGAGGAAAAGAAGCAGAAGUUACUGCCCCGAAUUAGACCAUUCUUCAAAAACCUCAUGAAAAUCGGAGAGUUUGCGGAGGAUUACGACCCCUCUUCGACAAGUGCAGCAACAUCGAGCAGUGCUGGAAACCCUAGUGGUACAUUCAAGGCCCCGAGCGAUAGUGGAAGCGACGAUGAAGAUGAUGAGGAUGAUGGUGACGAUGAUGACGAUGAUGAGGAUGAUGGUGAUGAUGCUCAGACCAACACUACCACUGUCAGCGAGGCCGAUUCUGCUCUCAAACAGAAGCAGUGGGAUCAAACUCCACCGCCGAAGCCUCGACCAGGUAAUGCUCAGCUGCCACAGCCACAGCCAUCACCAACUCGCACAGCAUUGGCUGCGGCGUUAGCCAGCGCAAAUAAGCCCCGACCACUUAUCCACGGGCCCAGCAACCUUCGAAACGUGACACAAAUGUCACCCUUACAGCAAGCAGACCAGGAGAAUCGCGAAAAUGCGGACGAGAAUGGUGCGAGAGGUACUACGGCUAAGGAGUCAGCCACGGAUUUGACUGGAGUAAAGGAGACGAUAAACGAGGCUCCCGCGAAGGAAACUUGGGUCAAGGAGUUUGAUGAGACAAAGAUGACUUCGGAGGAGAGGAGAAGACAGCUCCAGCAAGUGAGGGACGAUAUCAUGAGUAUCCCAGAUUCGGAUCUCCCGGUCCUCAAACUUCCAAAGGCGCCACUUAUGAACAUCCAGCUACCGAACGGAGCUGGCGAAUACUCUGGUGCGAUGAGAGAUGAUGUCAAUGAAGCAACCCUGGCUGCUUUUGAGAAGAUAUUGAUGGGGAUGAAAACAAAUGGCGGAAAGUAAGGAUUUUUGUCUGGACAGGUGGUCAGCAGUAUGGCUUGGAUCCAGUUCCUAAGCGCUUGGUUGAUUUAGUUCUCGA